AUGGGGGAGCAGAGAGCUGUACUUAUCAUUGGCUUCCUACUUCCUGGACUCCUGCUUUCAGAAGCUUCCAGAAUCUUGACCCAGUCAAACUUGGGUGGAAGCCAUUAUCUACUGAUGGACCGAGUGGCUCAGAUCCUUCAAGAUCAUGGUCACAAUGUUACCAUGCUUCAUCAUGAAGGUAGUUUUAUCUCAGACUACAGCAAGAGAAAAGUAUCGUACCACGAAGUCAGCUGGACUACAACUGAAACUUUUGAAAAAGAAUUUAGAAAAAAUAUUGGCUCGAUUUUGACAGAAAAUUUUCGUGGAAGAGAAACAUUUGAAAGCCAUAUGCGUAUAAUAGGACUACAUGGGGCACAAUGUGAUUAUCUGCUAAAGAGAAAAGAUCUCAUAGAUUACUUAAAGAAUGAGAAUUUUGAUCUGGUGUUUGUUGAUGGAUUUGACUUCUGUUCUUUCCUGAUGGCUGAGAAGCUUGGAAAACCAUUUGUGGCCUUGAAUGCAUGUUCCUUUAACAUUUUGAACGCUGGCCUACCAAGCCCUAUAUCUUAUGUUCCAGCAAUGAAUUCCUUGCUAACUGAUCACAUGGACUUCUGGGGCCGAGUAAAGAACUUUCUGAUGUUCUUUGACUCCCAAAUAAAACGAUCAAAAAUCUACUCUACCUUUGACAACACCAUCAAGAAGAAUUUUCCAGAAGGCUCUAGACCAGUUUUGUCUCAUCUCUUACAGAAAGCAGAACUGUGGUUUAUUAACUCUGACUUUGCUCUUGAAUUUUCUCGGCCCCUACACCCCAACACUGUGUAUAUUGGAGGCUUACUGGCUAGCUCUGAAAAACCAGUACCACAGGAAUUUGAGAAUUUCAUCGCCAAGUUUAAAGACCAUGGUUUUGUCCUUGUGGCCUUCGGUUCUGUGGUGGACAAAUUCCUGACUCAGGAGUUUCUCAUGGAGAUGAACAGUGCAAUGGCCAGUCUCCCUCAAGGGAUUAUAUGGAAGUGUAAGGAUUGUCACUGGCCCAAAGAUAACAAGUUGGCAGCAAAUGUGAAAAUUGUAGACUGGCUUCCUCAGAAUGACCUUUUGGCUCACCCUCACAUCCGUCUUUUUGUCACCCACGGUGGGAUGAACAGCGUGAUGGAGGCCAUCGAGCAUGGGGUGCCCAUGGUGGGGGUUCCUGCCGGUGGAGACCAGCCUGACAACAUGUUGCGGGUCCAAGCCAAAAAGCUUGGUCUCUAUAUUCAUGUCGAUCAGCUGACGGCAGAGACUUUGGUUCUGAAGAUGAAGCAAGUCAUAGGAGACCAGAGGUAUAAAUCUGCAGCGGUGGCUGCCAGUGUCAUCAGGCGCUCCCACCCCCUCACGCCAGCUCAGAGGCUGCUGGGCUGGACCAACCACAUCCUCCAGACAGGGGGCGCAGCACACCUCAAGCCCCACGUCUUCGAGCAGCGGUGGUACGAGCAGUACCUGCUGGAUGUCUCCUUGUUCCUGCUGGUGGUUACCCUGGGUGCCGUGGGGGUCUGUGUGAAGCUGGUGGGCUUGGUGGUCAGGUUGUUGAGGGGCGGGAAACUGAAGAAGAUGUGA